GUGUCACCACUGUCCUCACCAUGACCACACUAAGCAUCAGCGCAAGAAACUCGUUACCUAAAGUGGCGUACGCGACGGCCAUGGACUGGUUCAUAGCCGUCUGUUACGCCUUUGUGUUUUCUGCGCUGAUCGAAUUUGCCACUGUCAACUACUUCACCAAGCGCAGCUGGGCUUGGGAUGGCAAGAAGGUGCUGGAGGCCCAAGAGAUGAAGAAAAAAGAGCCAGUGGCAUUAGCGAAGAAAACCAACAACACCUACAACAUUGUUGGCACCACAUAUGCCCUCAACAUUGCCAAGGACCCUGGCCUGCCCACCAUCUCCAAGAGCGCUGCUGCCACGGCUACUGCCACCAACGUACCCCCCAAGAUGCCCCGCAUAGAGGAGAAGCUCCCAGAGAGUAAGAAGACAUACAACAGCGUCAGCAAGGUAGACAAGAUGUCCCGCAUCGUCUUUCCAGUCCUCUUUGCCAUUUUCAACUUAGUCUACUGGGCCACAUAUGUAAACCGGGAGUCAGCUAUCAAGGGAAUGAUCCCCAAACAAUAAAACCAGUCACACAAACCUUCCAUCAGUGAGCACCAUCCAGGCAGGAAUUCUCCAGGGCUUUCUUCUUUCCUGUUUUGUUUAAUUAUUAUUGUUAAUUUGAUAUUAUUAUUACUAUUAGAUCAUUCUUUUAUAAUGUAAACAAAACUGUGAUUUUAAUUUUAUCCUGUAUACUUUAGUUUCAUUCUACUUCGUCUCUGAUGACAAAAGAAAAAAAAAAGGAUC